CCGCUUAAAAGGAGGCAUUGCCUGAUCCAAUCCAAUCUAACCAAACGGAGCCCAACUCGACCGGACAAUCGUCAAAGGCCGGUUACAGUUAGCUCGAUAACUUUGAAAUGGCGACCACCUGGGCGCUUCAUCGUUGCUCUUGCUUAGCCUAUCAACGCGCCACUUUUGCUGCUACUGUUAUCUCAGGCACACCUCAGGGAAUAACGGUGUCGAUUCCAAGCGGUGGCGGCGGUUUUAGGGCAUUGAAGUUUUUUCGUCUCGCCAAAAAUUACUGCUCCUCUCCUACCAGCACCGACACCGCAGUCGUGGUUGCAAAUGAUGACAAGUACGGUAACAAGCAGGUCAUCAGUCUCACUCCUCGCCUUUACGAUUAUAUGCUCUCGAACGUUCGGGAGCCGGAGAUUUUGCGGCAACUGCGUGAGGAGACUGCUACUAUGCGUGGCAGCCAGAUGCAGGUAUCUCCUGAUCAGGCACAGCUGCUUGCGAUGCUUGUGCAGAUACUUGGUGCGCAACGUUGUAUUGAAGUCGGUGUUUAUACUGGAUACUCAUCGUUGGCAGUUGCUUUGGUGCUACCGGAAUCGGGUUGUUUGGUUGCCUGUGAAAGAGAUGCCAAUUCUCUGGAUGUUGCAAGAAGGUACUAUGAGAGAGCUGGUGUCUCACACAAGGUCAACGUGAAGCAUGGAAUUGCGGCAGACAUUUUAAAUUCUCUGAUUCUGAAUGGUGAAGCUUCCAGCUAUGAUUUUGCAUUUGUUGAUGCUGAGAAGAGAAUGAAUCAAGAGUAUUUUGAAUUAUUGCUGCAGCUGGUGAGGGUUGGGGGUGUUAUUGUAAUCGAUAAUGUCCUUUGGCAUGGAAAAGUCGCAGAUCCAUUGGUAAAUGAUGCUAAGACUAUCAGUAUCAGGAAUUUCAAUAAAACCAUUAUGGAGGACAAGCGUGUAAGCAUCAGUAUGGUACCCAUAGGAGAUGGCAUGACAAUCUGCUGGAAAAGAUAACAUUUUACUGGUUUACCCCCACUUCCUGAGUCAGCAGCUGAUUCUACAUGCUUGGAGAUUUUUUUUUUUCAAAAGAUGCAUAUUCAGGGUGCCCUGGAAAGGAAUAGCGAGAUAUGGGCAUAUGGCAGUAAAAUUUGAAGGUCUCUGAAACUUAGCAUGGAAUCCUGAAAUUGAUGUGCAAUCUGGGGAUUUAUGCUGCUCAAAUUUGGUGUUGCCUACUCACAACCAAGGGUGAUGAUCAUUGUACAAUGGAUUGUGAUAAUCAGAUUUAUCAUUGACGUUUUAUUGCCCAAGUUGGUUUUUGGUGCAUUAGAAAUUUGUUUCUUUCA